AUGGCACAAUCCCUUCUUGCAGCUGCUUUAACCGCGAUUUCAGGAUCUACCAUUAUUACACAUGAUGAAUAUAAAGGUCAAAAGGACAAUUCUGAUACAAGCUUUUACGAAGUUGAUAUUUACCAAUCUCAUAUGCAAAUUGGUCCAAUCCCGAAAUCUAGUAUUGCAAAAAUAUCAGAAAGUAAUUUUUCGAAAACAUAUGAUAAUGAUGUUAAAGAAAUCUUUGUCAAAACAACUUCUUCUAAAAAGAAUAUUAGUAUUCAUACUUUACUUUCUUGUACUGUCAAAAGUUUUAAACAAUUAAUUUAUUCACAUGAAGGUAUCCUUCCAUCUGUGCAAGAACUUAAAUUCGAAAAACAAAUAUUAAAGGAUGAACUCACAUUAUCACAGUAUAAUAUAGAUGCUUAUUCAGUUAUUCAAUUAAAUAUUUUAUUACGAGAAGGUAGUAAAUCAGUAGGAUAUAUUAAUUCUGAACAUUUAGAUCCAGGAUACGAUUAUGAUUUUACUAAUAUAGUGGAUACACAGAAAUUUUAUCGUGGAAAAGAAGAAUAUACUAGACCAUGUGGAUGGAGACGAAUUAGUGUUAAAGUUUUAAAUAAAUACGAAUAUAAUAAUACUUGGUUAGGUGUUAAAAGUAGAAAAUCAAAAUAUGACUCUUCACCGAACGAAUGGCCUGUCUCUUAUCAUGCUACUGGUAGCAUUAAUGGUAAGUCGAUGGCGAAAAUGGGUUAUUGUGCCAUUAAAGGAAAGAAUAAAUCAAGAAAAGGAUUUUUAAAUUGCAUUUUGGGUUGCUUUUGUUGUAAAUUGAACAAUAAAAAGAAAAUUCAAUUUGAAUUUGAAAAUGGUGUUUAUACAACACCUGAUGUUAAACUUGCUGAACAAUUUGCUACUAGGUUUAGUUAUGAAGGAGAAACUUAUUUAGUAAUGUUUCAGAAUAGAGUUAAUCCUAAUACUUUAAUUAAAGUUGAUAAAUACUGGAUAUUACCAAAAGCUGAAGACGUUAGAACAUAUAGUAUUUGUAUAAAGAAAGAUCCGUACGGUGGAAAGUUCUAG